AUGUGCGGUUUAAAGUGUGUUUAUAUAAUUUAAAGAGUAAUGAAAUAAUUUUUAUAUUCUCAAAUUAAGAAUUAAAAUAGUUUUAAAAAGAAUAAAUGAUCGAUAUGAGAUCGUACAGGCACCGAUAUUUUUUUGAAGUUAUUGGAGUAUUAAUUACUUUAAGCUCCAUUGCAAAUGCAGAACCAUCGUGUUUUACGCCAACUGGGUCCUAUGGCAAUUGUGUACCUAUUCGCUCCUGCGUUAAAGUUGUCAACGAACUAUCGAGGUUAGGUGAAAAUACACCACAAAGUUAUAGAGAACAUCUGAUACAAUCUCGUUGUACUGGACCAACGCCAGAUGAUAUUUAUAUUUGUUGUGAUUCUAAUGAAGAUGAUUAUGAAAAAUCCUUAAACCCAAACGGAUUGCAACUUUUAAAUGAACUUAAGUGCGGUCAUGUGGCUGCGAGGGGAACCAAUCUAGGUGAAUCUCCCUGGAAUGCUUUGUUAAAGUAUAAAUCUUCAGAAAAACCAUAUAAAUGUGGAGGUUCUUUAAUAACCCAUCGACAUAUAUUAAGUGCUGCACAUUGCUUGGUGGUAGACAUUAAUAUUGUUGGUGUACGGCUUGGUGAGUAUGACAUAAAUACAGAUCCUGAUUGUCAAAGAAAGGGACGUAGAACUAUAUGUAUGCCUCCUGCUGUCGACUAUGGCAUUGAAAAAAUUAUAGUACAUCCAUAUUAUAGUAGACAAGCAUUUAUUAAUGAUAUUGGAUUAAUUAAAUUGGAUCGUGAUGUUGAAUUUAACAUACAUAUAAAGCCCAUUUGUUUACCAAUAACUAAACGUACAGCGGACACAAAUCGUGAAAAAUACAUUGUCACUGGUUGGGGUACAACCGAAAAUGGCACAACUGCUUCAGUGUUAAUGAGAGCUGUAGUUAAGCACCAAGAACCUAAAUUUUGUCAAGAAUUGUUCAAGAAUGUGCAUAUAACUGAAAAUAAUUUAUGUGCUGGAGGAGAUACUUAUGAAGCAUGUACAAUUCAAUCUGGUGGGCCAUUGUUCUUCUUGGCACCAUAUAAGACACUAAAUCGUUAUGUACAAUUUGGGGUUCUUUCGUUUGGUAUGAAUAAAUGUUAUUCGAAGGCAUAUCCUAGUAUUUAUGCGGAUAUUAUACCUCAAAUGCCUUGGAUUACAGCAAAUUUAGUUGAGUAGUU